AUGUCUACCGUGGGCAAGACCAUCACCUGUAAGGCCGCCGUCGCCUGGGAGGCCGGUAAGCCUCUGUCCAUUGAGGACAUUGAGGUUGCUCCUCCCAAGGCCAAUGAGGUCCGUAUCCAGGUCUACUACACUGGUGUUUGCCACACAGAUGCCUACACUCUCUCCGGUAAGGACCCUGAGGGUGCUUUCCCCAUUGUCCUCGGACACGAGGGUGCUGGUAUCGUUGAGUCCGUUGGUGAGGGCGUCACCAACGUCAAGCCUGGUGACCACGUUGUUGCCCUUUACACCCCCGAAUGCAAGGAGUGCAAGUUCUGCAAGUCCGGAAAGACCAACCUCUGCGGCAAGAUCCGAGCCACUCAGGGCAAGGGUUUGAUGCCCGAUGGUACCUCUCGAUUCAAGUGCAAGGGCAAGGAUCUGCUUCACUUCAUGGGCACCUCCACUUUCUCUCAGUACACCGUCGUCGCCGACAUCUCCGUAGUCGCCAUCGAGCACGAUGCUCCUAUGGACCGAACCUGUCUGCUUGGCUGCGGUAUCACUACUGGCUAUGGUGCUGCUACCAUUACAGCCAACGUUCAGGAGGGUGACAACGUGGCCGUCUUCGGUGCCGGAUGUGUCGGUCUUUCAGUCGUCCAGGGUGCCGCUGCCCGUAAGGCGGGCAAGAUCAUUGUUGUUGAUGUCAACCCCUCCAAGAAGGCUUGGGGUGACAAGUUCGGUGCUACUCACUUCGUGAACCCCACCGAGCUCGGUGACCAAUCCAUCCAAGACAAACUCAUUGAGAUGACUGAUGGUGGUUGUGACUACACCUUCGACUGCACUGGCAACGUUGGUGUCAUGCGUGCUGCCCUCGAGGCUUGUCACAAGGGUUGGGGUGAGAGCAUUGUCAUUGGUGUUGCUGCCGCUGGUCAAGAAAUCUCUACUCGACCAUUCCAACUUGUUACUGGCCGAGUGUGGCGAGGAUGUGCAUUCGGUGGUGUCAAGGGCCGCUCUCAGCUGAACGACCUUGUCGCCGACUACAAGAAGGGUGAUCUCAAGGUCGACGAGUUCAUCACCCACCGUAAGACUCUCGGCGAGAUCAACAACGCCUUCGAGACGAUGAAGCAGGGUGACUGUAUCCGUGCCGUCGUCGAUAUGCAAAAGCUUGAGCCCAAGAUUUAA